CUUGACCAAGACACACCCCAAGAGACACCACCCAUGUGGGGAAGGGACAGAGAGCCAUUAUAUCGAGAGGCCCCAAAGGAAAAUUCUCACUUCUUUGCAGGUCGAGUAAGAAUUAGAGCAACGACAUUGUUCCCUGGUUUGCUGGGUUCUUCUUGUGAAGGUAUCAGAGUUUUCUUGAUGGAGAACAGUAACUGUCCAAAAACUAAUCCGUGUUCCCAGUACUUUCCUCCUCCAUCGGCAUGGGACGAUCCAAAUUCUGGAUCGUCUGACGACAAUAACACUCCGACGUGGGUCAUUGUCAGCGUAGUCAUUGUUAUCAUCAUAUUCUGCGGUUUCCUUUUCUACUACGUCUGGAGGAGGAUCCCAUCCUCCAAGCCGCUGCUAGUGGGCAUCCAGAUUUUCCUUUUCCACUACAUCUGGAGGAGGGAGAAGGAGAUCCCGGACCCGCCACCUGUUCCACCCCACAAGCCGCUGCCAAUGGGCAUCCCGAACCCAGUUACUAUGGUCACUCAGGGAUAG